AUGCAGUCUGCCCCUAGCGCUUCACACCAAGACUUACAUAAGAACUACGAUUACAACAAUUUGCCUAGUUUUGGACGAGACAAAUCAAAGCGAGCAAAAGUCCUACCAAGGCAACCACACAUAAUCAAUGAAACUGCACUGUUGAUGAGAUCUCCUGACCAUACUGAACAGAGCGAAGCUCUUCCGUUUAUUCCAAGAGACCGGAUUCUUCCUGAUAGCUUACUUGAGUCAGCAAUAGCCGAUGCUAAGAGUCAGCGAACAAUUCCAUCGUCUUCCUCUGCCACAACGUCGUCUUUUUCACAUCAUCGUACACUCUUUUCGAAACGAAUAAACGGGAUGUUCAAGUCUUUUUCCGAGUCCUUUGACGAAUCAGAGGCUGACUUGAAGAGGAGGUUGCUGAACGAGAAGAAGAAGGGGGAUGGAACUGAAGUCAAUUCGGCCGAUUCCUUGGAACCUGAGAUUGAUUUCAUGAACUUCCUGAAGUUCAUGUGGCUUACAAUUAGUGGACUAUCUCGUAAAGUAUACGCUUGGUUUCUAUUCAUACUUACUAUGGUAUCAGUGAAACUUUUGAACGUUGUGGAGCGAAUACCAAAUCCAGAGAGUUCUACAAACAAUGAAAACUAUAUGUCUUUACAGGAUGACGCAUUGGAUGCUUUUCAGAGUACGCCAGUGACGGAAAGAAUGAAGAAAGAGUCGAAUAUUGACGAUCCCAAGAUGCCACAGAAAAUAUCUCGUCUAGUCGACGCUAUAAGAAAAGACGAGCCUAAAAACACUUCCGCUGAACAGUAUGGAACGUUUUUUUACAAAAACAAGGAAAAUAAGCAGAACCAACCAGAUUUAGAGGCUAUGUUUUUGAAAAGCAACUUCUCUACACAACAGUCGAAAUGCCAACCUUUGAAAUACCAGGAUCAGGAUUCGCAGCUGAUAAGUCGUGCUUCUAGCAUAAAAAAUGAUCUUAGUAGAUUGUUCAAGAUGUCCGAUCGGUGCGAUCGGUCCGAUAAUCAUUUGAAGCCUUCAUUUACAAGAAGUACUGCCAGAUUCCAAGACAUGGAAUGGCUCAGAGAUGAUGAUGAUGAUUAUCUUAACAAUCUUGAAUCUACAAAGCUGUUCAAAGAAUAUCAGAAGAUCAUGGAAGAAAGAAUAAAGAUGCAACAGUUAUUGAGAUUGAGCAAGAUGAAGGAGGAUGCAAAGGUGAAGCCAUUGUCCAGUCACCAGAUGUCUCAGGUUAAUCAGUGGUGGAGUGAUCCUUACUCAACAGCCAAGAUCACCACCAAAUUUAACAUUAGUAUAACUACAAAGGAUAUACUCACGCUGGCAGAUCGUAAAUGGCUAAAUGAUAAUGUGAUUGACUUUUACAUGAACCUGAUUAAUGAAAGAGCGAAGAGGGAUUCUUCUUUACCGUCUGUUCACGUCUUUUCCACAUACUUCUAUACCACGCUUUGCGAGAAGGGAUACCAAGGAGUGAAGAAGUGGGCAAAAAGGGCAGGAGCUGACGUCACCAAAGUGGACUAUGUGUUUGUACCCGUCAAUAUUCAUCAGUCUCAUUGGGCUCUUGGUCUCAUUAACAACAAAGAAAAGGUGUUUCAAUACUUUGAUUCACUGUUCGGUACGGGAAAUGAUGUACUAUACAAAUUAGAAGACUAUAUGACAGAGGAGACCAGGAGAGUAUAUGGAGAUUCAACCUCUGACAUCGAUUACUCCAAAUAUGAGUACAAUGCCGCCACGAAAUGCCCUACUCAAGAAAACGGUUUUGAUUGUGGUGUGUUCACGUGUACUACGGCGGAUUACAUAUCUCGAGAAGUCCCCCUACUUUAUUCUCAGGCUGAUAUGCCCAUGUUGAGAAGAAGAAUGGCCUACGAAAUAGGUACCGGAAUGCUACUGGAUCAUUAA